AUGUCACGAUUUCUUGGCCUUCGUGGCAAUGGCCUCAACAUUGCCGCUAUCCUUGGCGUUCUGAUGCCGGGGAUCAUGUCAGUCGGCUACAACACAUCACUACUCGGGGGGGUGUUAUCUUUGGAUAGUUUCGAAAAGCAAUUCCCAGAAAUCAGCGUGGAACGUGCUCACGCCCAGUCUAAUGCAUCAGGACUCCAGGGCGCCACCGUGGCGGCCUUUACAAUAGGCGGAUUCCUUGGGACACUCUCCUGCAUCUGGUUGGGUGACUGGCUUGGGCGUCGGCGUCUCAUGAUGGUAGGAACGGUUAUCCAGAUCAUUGGGACCAUCAUUGCCACCAGCGCCUGCUCCCUUGCUCAGCUCAUCGGUGGGCGAAUAAUCAUCGGCCUUGGAACAGGUGAAAUCUGGGCUACGAUUCCUCUUUGGCUCUCUGAGAUUUCACCCGCCCAAAAGCGUGGAUCCCACGUUGCAACAAAGGGUAUCUUUAGCAGUCUUGGAUGCGCUUCAGCCUUGUUCUUCGACUAUGGAAUGUCCUUUACGCAUGAAGCCAUCGCCUGGCGCUUGCCAUUUGCAUUUCCAGUUCUGUUCUCCGUUGUCAUUCUCGGAUUUCUUGCUUUCUUGCCCGAAUCGCCUCGUUGGCUUAUUCGACAAGGCAGAGUCUGCGAGGCUAGAGAAAUUCUAGCAGCUUUGGAGAACACAACUGCCGAAGAUGAUCUUAUUGAAGCGAGAGUUGUUGAAGUGCAAUCUUCGCUGGCACUAUCAGGAAAGGGAAAGCCUCUCAAGGAAAUGUUCUGCAUGGGUCCUCAGAGAACGUUCCACCGAGCUCUUUUAGUUAUUGGUGUUUUGAUGUUCGGACAUUUGACAGGUGCUACAGUUACCGCGUUUUAUACCACUGAGAUUUUCGAGCAUAAUCUAAUGCUAAGCGAAUCAACGUCCAGGCUUCUAGCCGCAGUAUACCAGAUGGUCGGUCCUAUUGGUGGUAUUGUCUGUGUUCUCACGAUCGAAUCUUUUGGCCGACGGAAAUUGAUGCUGGCAAGCGCACUUGGGAACGCCACUUGCUUAGUCUUGCUUGCUAGUCUUGGAUCUGAGCUUGGCAAACCGUGGGCAGCGCACGCUGCAGUCUUCUUUCUGUUUUUGUUUCACUUCAGUUACAUUAUCGGUUUCGGGGCCAUCCCAUACCUUUAUACCACCGAAAUCGCGCCUCUACAUAUCCGCACGACAGUGAUCAGCUUUAGCAUGAGCAUCUCGUGGAUGUUUAGCGUUGUUAUCGCCACCAUCACUCCUAUCGCAUUCAACAGCCUUGGACAGCGAUUUUUUUUCAUCUUUGCGGGGCUCAAUGUGGCAAUGAUACCAACCAUUUACUACCUUUGUCCUGAGACCUCCGGACGCAGUCUCGAGGAGAUGGACGAAAUAUUUGUCCUCUCGGAAGGCACCUUGGAUGCUGUCAAAGUCGCGAAACGACUUCCGCAUCGUCACUGCAACAACUCGGCGCUCCGUGAAGCAAUGGUGGAGAUUGCUAUUACUACCAAGAAAGUAUAG